CCGGACUGACUCACGACGAUUUCUCAUUUCUCCUGACCAUUUAUCUUCUCCCCCCCCGGUCUUGGGGACCUCAUCUUCAACUCUGAUCUCUUUUGCACCAUCCUCUGCUUCAUCUCCCUCCCCACUGCCCACCAUGGCUACUCCCCUCCUCGUUUCCUACGACCCCGCCUCCCCCUCCUCCAGCCUCUCCCUCAAGCAGAUCGCCUACUUCGGACGCGUCCUCAUCAAGGCCUCAAGCCUCGCCCAGACUGAGGAAUUCAUCAAGCACAACUUCCGUCUCCUCGACGUCUAUGUUGAUGCUACCGCCAUUUCCUCCUCCGGAGACCUCGUCGAUAUCCUCAAUGCCGGCGCUGCCAAGAUCUUCAUCUCCCUCGAUCAGCUGACUGCUCUGUCCGAGGAACAGUCUGUACCUUCGUCGCGACUCGUCGUAUACACAUCUGAGAGCCAGGUUGAUGCCUUCCAGACCUGGGUGGGCCAGUCUACCGAGCGCAAGGAUGCAGGCUUGUCGACCGACGCGUCUGCCGUCAAGGCCCUCGCCGAGAAGCUGGGCAUGAACCUGGAAGCUCAGAACCUGUACCGCACAUACUCGAGCACCCCCUCAGAGGAGGCUCUGAAGGACACUCUGAACCAGGGUGGUCUCAGCGUUGUGUCUGCCGACGCAUUGACCUUCGAACACAAGGAACCCAACGGCAAGAUCGUCGCCGCCUCUCUCAUUGCCGCUCGUGCUGUCGCCGACCAGAGCAACGGACUCUACGCCACUACGGUGACUGAUGAGCGUGGAACAUGUCUGGGACUCGUGUGGAGCAACGAUGAGAGCAUCGCAGAGGCUCUUCGUACGGGCACCGGUGUCUACCAGAGCCGGAAGCGCGGUCUCUGGUACAAGGGCCAGUCGAGUGGUGACGUACAGGAGUUGAUCCGUGUCGGCUUUGAUUGCGACAGCGAUUGCUUGGUCUUUGUUGUCAACCAGGUUGGCAGAGGUUUCUGUCACCUUGGAACCGCCAGCUGUUUCGGACCUUACAAUGGCCUCGCCCGUCUUCAGAAGACCCUGCAAGCCCGCAAGGCCGAUGCCCCCGCUGGCUCCUACACCGCCCGUCUUUUCAACGAGCCCAAGCUCACCCAGGCUAAGAUCAUGGAGGAGGCCGACGAGCUGUGCCGUGCGAACACUAAGGAAGAGAUUGCCUUCGAGGCUGCGGAUCUUCUCUACUUUGCUCUGACCCGCUGCGUUGCGGCCGGUGUCAGUCUCGAGGAUGUGGAGAGGAACCUGGACCUUAAGAGCCUGAAGGUGAAGCGGAGAAAGGGCGAUGCUAAGGGCCCAUGGGCGGAGAAGGCUGGCCUGGCCGCCGCCGCUCCCGAAUCGAAGCCCGCGGCCGAGCCUGCUCCGCCUGCUCAACCCACUCCCAAGGCUGACGAGACGAUGCAGAUGACUCGUGUCGUCACUGCUUUGACGCCCGUGGAAGUCGUCCAGGACUAUCUCAAGCGUCCCUCCCAGAAGUCCAACGAUGCGAUCGUCGCUCUCGUUCGCCCCAUCAUCCAGGAUGUCCGCGAGCAGGGUGAUGCCGGCGUGCUUAAGUACACCCACAAGUUCGAGAAGGCGACCUCCUUGACGUCUCCUGUUAUCCGCGCCCCGUUCCCGCCUGAGCUGAUGAAGCUUACCCCAGAGACGCAGGAGGCCAUUGAUAUCAGUAUCUCCAACAUUGCCAAGUUUCACAGCGCCCAGAAGGACAGCAACGAUGGCCUGAAGGUGGAGACCAUGCCGGGUGUGGUCUGCUCUCGUUUCUCGCGUCCCAUCGAGCGCGUCGGUCUCUACAUCCCCGGUGGUACUGCCGUUCUGCCGUCCACCGCUAUGAUGCUGGGUGUUCCCGCCAUGGUGGCUGGCUGCAAGAAGCUCGUCUUUGCCUCUCCUCCCCGCGCGGACGGCAGCAUCUCGCCUGAGAUCGUCUACGUCGCACACAAGGUGGGAGCUGAAAGCAUCGUGCUUGCUGGUGGUGCGCAGGCGGUCGCCGCGAUGGCGUACGGCACUGAGAGCAUCAGCAAGGUGGACAAGAUUUUGGGUCCUGGCAACCAGUUUGUGACGGCCGCCAAGAUGUUGGUCUCCAACGACACCUCCGCCGGUGUCAGCAUUGACAUGCCGGCUGGUCCUAGUGAGGUCCUGGUGAUCGCAGACAAGGACGCUAACCCUGCGUUUGUGGCUUCCGAUCUGCUCAGUCAGGCCGAGCACGGCGUGGACUCCCAGGUCAUUCUCAUCGCCAUCGAUUUGAACGAGCAGCAGCUUCAGGCCAUCGAGAAGGAGGUCGACAUCCAGGCCAAGGCUCUUCCCCGUGUGGACAUCGUCAAGGGCUCUCUGGCUCACUCGGUCACUUUCGUCGUGCGCGAUCUCGACGAGGCCAUGGCUCUCAGCAACGACUAUGCCCCGGAGCACUUGAUCCUGCAGAUCCAGGACGCCGAGGCGGCAGUUGCGCAGGUGCAGAAUGCCGGUAGCGUGUUCAUUGGAGAAUGGACCCCGGAGAGUGUUGGCGAUUACUCGGCUGGUGUCAACCACUCCUUGCCGACCUACGGAUACGCCAAGCAGUACUCAGGUGUGAACCUCGGGUCGUUCCUCAAGCACAUCACCAGCUCGAACCUCACCGCGCAGGGACUGCUGGGAUUGUCUCGCACGGUGGAGCAGUUGGCAGCAGUGGAGGGACUGGAUGCGCACAAGCGGGCCGUGAGCAUCCGCGUGGCGCACAUGAAGCAGCAGGCAUGA